AUGGAAUCAUGAGGAUUUAGAAUUAACUAUGAUCAACAUGGCAACUAUUGUGCAAGCCACAAAUAAUUUCUCAACGGAAAACAAGAUUGGAGUCGGAGGCUUCGGUACAGUUUACAAGGGGAAUAUGCCAUCAGGAGAAGAAAUCGCUGUCAAAAGAUUAUCGAAAUCUUCACAACAGGGUCUGGAAGAGUUCAGAAAUGAAGUUAUGGUGAUUGCAAAACUUCAACACAGAAAUCUUGUCAGACUAUUGGGAUGUUGCAUUGAAGAAGAGGAGAGGAUGCUAAUCUAUGAAUUCCUACAGAAUAAAAGCCUUGACCUCUUUGUUUUUGAUCACAGUGGGAGGAGACUAUUGACAUGGCCUAAGCGUUUUAAGAUUAUGAUGGGAAUUGCAAGGGGACUGCUAUAUCUCCAUCACGAUUCCAGAUUAAAGAUUAUUCAUAGGGAUCUCAAAACGAGUAAUAUUUUACUAGACGGACAUUUAAAUCCAAAAAUAUCAGAUUUCGGCUUAGCAAGAAUAUUUGAAGAGGAUCAAUCUCUUGCCAGAACAAAAAGGGUCGUUGGGACAUAUGGAUACAUGGCUCCGGAGUAUGCAAUUGAUGGGAAAUUCUCAGUGAAAUCUGACAUCUUUAGUCUUGGAGUGGUUUUGUUGGAGAUUAUCAGUGGGAAAAAGAACAGAGGAUAUGGAGACUCCGACCACUAUCUUAACCUCUUGGGCCAUACAUGGUUGCUAUGGAAAGAAAACAGGAUUUUGGAGUUAAUGGAUGAGUAUUUGAAUGAUACAUUUGCGGAGUAUGAAGUGAAGAGAUGCAUGCAAGUGGGAUUAUUAUGUGUUCAGAAAUUUGCAGAAGAUAGGCCCAACAUGUCAUCUGUGGUUUCAAUGUUAGGAAAUGAUGGAGUAAUUUUGCCGGAACCUAAAGAGCCUGGGUUUUUUAUUGAGAGAAAUUGCAGUCUUGCGAGAAGCAGUACUUCGCCAUCGUGCAUUGAGUCGGAAGAUAGAACAUUGACCAUUACUGACCUGGAGGGCAGAUGAGGAGCUCCACAUCUAUCGUUUCUCGCUCUAAUUCUAACCUUUUUCCGACAACUGCUGAAGAUUGGGUUGGGGUUGCGUAUAAAUUGACUGUUUUGUCGAUAGAUUAAGGCCCAAUUGAUGAUUGAAUUUGAAGUUGAUGGUGGGUUAGGGCGAAGAUUAGACAUCUCAUAUGUUAAUUGGGUUUCACCCAAUUGGACUUCAUAGACUCAAAGACUCAUAGUUGUGCGUGCGUGUAUCUUUGUAAUUUUGAAACUAGUUUAUUGCCCGUCAAAAAUGAAGGAAAAUUAUU